UGUCAGUCAGAUCAUCGGACCGUGUGGGAGUAGACAGCCCAUUCAAUCCUUGUCAACGCCAAGAAGCGCUCUCAUCCCCAGUCUUCUUCCCUUCCUCCUUAUGCUCCCCCUGAGAAACAUACUACACUCUUUUAGAUCACUCAACCAUCCAAGUGGGUAUCCUUUGUCACGCUGGAAUCAUCGAUCUUAUCUCUUUUCAACUUUCGUCAUGGUCUGCAUCCUGGAUCUCAGUAUCCUUAUAGCCUUUUCAAUCAGCACCCUUUGGGCUCUUCCCAACCCCGGUGAACCGACCGUCCGGCCAUCCGUCGUCCCGCCACGAGCACCGCAGAACAACCUCACCUCGCCACCAGCAUCUUCGCCAAAACUGGCACCACCACCACCAAAGCCAGCAUCAAGUUCCUCCACAUGCAAAUCAGUCCGAGUCAGGAAGGAGUGGAGGACGUUGAGUUAUGAGCAGCAGGCUGACUACAUCAAGUCGAUCAAGUGUCUCGUCCGACUCCCCUCUAAACUGCUCGGACCUUCGUAUCGGCGAUGGGACGAUUUCGAGUACGUCCAUUGUGAUCUCAGGAAGCGGCUUCACACUAGGCCGCUCUUCUUACCCUGGCACCGCUAUUUCACCUUUGUCCACGAAAAAAUCCUGCGAGAGGAAUGCGGCUUUCGUGGCACGGUCCCAUACUGGAAUUGGACGUUAGAUCACAAGAACAUCACUCACUCGCCCGUUUGGUCCUCUGAUCCAGUCGUCGGCUUCGGGUCCAACGGAUCGUUCUUUGGCCCAGGAUCGGAUCCCGAUGAUCUGGAUGCAGGCGUCGUGACCGACGGCGCGUUUGCUAGGUUUCCGAUCUAUUACCCCGGCCGAAUGAUGCUCCAACGCAACUUCCAUCUCGACCCUCCCUUCGCAAUCCCUGGGUACUAUCUUGGCAGUCAAUGGUAUAAUCCAAACAACAUGGAAAUCAUAGCUUCUCAAGCCAAUUUUAGCACGUUCACAAUGAAGUUAGAGGGAAAUUACAAGCAACCGGACGGCACCAUCUUGCCCGGUCCACACUCCAUCAUACAUUCCUUACUUGGCGGGGACAUGCCCGAUUUGGCUUACUCCGUCAAUGAUGUAAGUGGUCUAUGUAUGUACUCUCACCCCGUGAUCUUGUCACAUGCUAAUCAACACUCGAGGAUUUUUAGCCGAUGUUCUUUCCCCAUCACGCCCGGAUAG